CCCCACACACACCGCAGGUUAAUUGAUCAGUUAAUUAAUCGAUUUAUCCGCGAAUCACGCUCGAACGGUCUUCUCCUCGCCGGCUGCAUGCGUAGAGAAUGGCAACACGAUCGCGAUGUCGUACCAGUCGUCGCAUCUCCGUGGUAAAAAUUGCUAUAACGCCGACAAUGGUGAUGAAUCGGAACACCCGUACGACGUACGCGGGAUGAUGAUCAACAAUGUCAAUGACAAUAACUGUUGAUAUGCUCUAACGACGAUUGCAAUCGUCAACGGUGUAAUCGUGGUGUAACGAUUAUCGGCAUGCGAUGAAAAUCCGGAAACGCUGCAGAUGUUUUCUCCUCCGUACCGCCUUUCUAUACCGCACGAACUGCAUCGGAACUGCAUCGGAACUGCAGCAUGCAACGUACCGGUGAAAUAACUUUGCUUCCGUGCAACCGCCAGGGGGGAUAUUUGUACCCUGUACCCGCUCGUAAGUUCGACUGUCCGAGUCGUACCCGUUGUCAGGCGUAAGAAUCGCGGGGCGAUUCGAAAAUUGCUCACCUCACAAGUCGGAACUACAUCGACUUUCCCCGCCCCCCCCCCCUUUCCCCCCCGCCCCUGCCGCCCUUCCGUGUAAAUUGAGAGGUCGUUUUCGAAAUUCAACGUUAACGGGAAAAUCAUCGUCCGUCGUCCAGCUUGUGAUACGACGUCCGACGAAACGCCGGGAUAAUGUUUCGAGGAAUUUGUCGCGACGAUUAUUCUCAACGCGUAAAUAUGCCGCAGGUAUAAUAAUAGGACGAAAUUCUGGUAAUCUGUUUUUCCAAUUGAUCGCGUUGCGGCCGCCGUUGGUUCGUUGGCUCGAGUAGGUAUCGCUCGAUAUUAUUGGUAAACACUUUGCAGAAGGCCCUGCGGAUGAAAGAAAAGUUUGUUCGUACGCGUACCGAUGCAAUAAAAGUUCAAAUAUUUAUUUUACCGCAACCCGAACAUCUACGUAACUUCUUCUUCUCCUUUUUUUCCUCCUCUACUUCGUCUUGCCUCUUAACGAAUUCGCCCACUACGGGCACGGUUUUCCCCGCGUCAUCGAUAACUUUCACCAUAGCGCAACCUGUACAACUCGUCAUUCGAUUAUCUCGUUAUCUCACCACUUGGUCAUUUCUUCUCCUAUAGUUCUGCGGAUAUCGUCAUACGACGCGUAGAGAAGGGUUAAUCGAAUAAUGAAGAAAGCCUCACCCCGCAAAUCAUCUCUCUGAAUCAAAUUGUAAGAAUUACCUCGUCAAAGUUGAUUCUUCCUCUUUUAUUUCUCACGUAGUACGAGGUGGGUCGGUAGUUUUUCGUUGUACGCGUUUGAACGUGCGGGACGAUAAAAGGCCUCGGAAAGUAGUCGGAUGUACAGACGAUACAUUUCUCAAGUGACUCCUUUUUUCAUUCUCCUCGCCAUUGUUUCGCUUUUCGCUUUUCGCUUUCCCCUUUCUUAUUUCGCACCCUCCCCCUCGCUCGCAAAGACUCAAUUUUCACGCAGGCUUGUAUUUCACGAAGAACAUAAGAGACACUCGACGCGAAACUCGUACGCCUCGUGACCCCGCGGGUGCCACGUGAAUUGAUCAUUUCAACGAGAACACAGUUUUGCGGGCUAAUUUUUCCGCCUCCCAUUCCAUCGAAGAACAAAGAAACGAUGCGAAGUUCUGUCGGAGAAUAGCGAGAUACUUUUCGCGGGAUCAGGUGCGGGUCGGCGGACUCGCGCGGCUUUCACUCCCCCGGCGCGCGGGAUAAAACCAAGUCGACGAGUACCCCGGACAGGGUGGUACCGGACCACGAUGUAACGCAAGGAGACAAUCGAAAUUGUCGCAGCUGCUCCCAUCUCGCGCCGUUGCUGAACCUCGCGCAAUAUGCGGCAACGAAGAUCUCGCAAAGUUAUUCAAAGGUGAUGAUAAUAUGGACGCCGAGGAGAUGGACGAAGAGGUACCGGAGGCAACGGACCUCCAGGUCGGCCGCAACAACAAUUUCGAAGGUUUUCGAACGAUGAAAAUCUCGACAGAUCCGACUCCGCGUUGCGGGUCCAUAGCUGCGGAAAGGGAAGAGAAUUCGCUGGUGGGGUCCGCGGAUCAACGGCAGGAUUCCCCUUGCAGCGAAUCGCAGGAGAAUGUCAAUCAUUCGGGAAAUCGGAGGAACGUUGCGCCGCUCGACGAAUCGAACGACUCGAAAGUCACGCGAGCUGAGAACGCGGCGAACGUCAACACCGACUCGAGGGAGGGUGAAGUUUCUAGACUGUGCCGGGGUAAGCGCGUGUCCUGCCAGGAUACCAUUUUGGAAUCUGACGAGGAUACCGGCAGAGACAACGAACUCACUAUGGAGAGAGUCGGCAGAUAUCUGGAGGCCAAUCAAUUGGCGAUGGAGAUAUGGCUUCGCGAAAAAGCGAGUCCGGAGCUCCGACAUCGGGUUCAAAAUCUACAUCUCAGUCCACGACCCGGCCGCCUCGGUACCAAACCCCUUCCGAAAUCAUCGGUGGUCUCGAAUCUUCGGCAGGAGGAGAACCUGCUGACUCGAAGUAAGAGGAACAGCGUGACCUCGGAUCUAUUCCAAUCUUGGUUAGCUUCCAGUUCACCGAUCAAAAGAAACAAAAGUCCGAGCCGAAGUUCCACGACGUUGUCGGGAAGGCGGGAGGAACUGAACCAGCUGGACGACGGGGAUUUAUUCAUGGAAUUGAUUCGCGACGUCGCGAACGAACUGGACAUCAAUAUACUCUGUCACAAAAUUCUCGUCAACGUUGGUCUCCUGACGCACGCCGACAGGGGAAGUUUAUUCCUGGCGAAGGGUCCGCUCGACGAUCGUUAUCUCGUGGCGAAACUCUUCGACGUGACGCAAGAUACGGAGCUGGACGAGGCCGUGCAGAGGGCGAAUAGGGAGGAAAUCAGAAUCCCGUUCGGAGUCGGCAUAGCUGGUUUCGUAGCGCAAAGUAAACAGAUAAUCAACAUCAAGGACGCCUACAAGGACCCGAGAUUCAACAGUGCGAUCGACAUGCGCACCGGUUACAAGACGACCUUGAUACUGUCGAUGCCGAUAUGCAACUACGAAGGCGAUGUCAUCGGGGUGGCACAAAUAAUCAACAAGACCAACGGCAGCAACGAAUUCACCCGGCGAGACGUAGAGGUUUUCCAGCGGUACCUGACUUUCUGCGGGAUCGGGAUCCAGAACGCCCAGCUGUUCGAAUUGUCCGUUCAAGAAUACAGACGCAAUCAGAUACUGUUGAACCUUGCCAGAAGCAUAUUCGAAGAACAGAACAACCUCGAGUGUUUGGUCACCAAGAUAAUGACCGAGGCCAAAGAACUCCUCAAGUGCGAGAGGUGCGCCGUUUACCUUCUGGACCUCGACUGCGGAGAAGCUAGCCACCUGGAAAAAAUCGUCGAACGCCCCGGGAAGUCGACGCAGGAGAGCAGAAAGCCUUUGUCCAGAAGGGAGAGCAACAACAUCGACAUGGAGGACAUUUUCCAGCAACACCACUCGACGAACGGCAACAGCAAGUUCACGAUGGUCUUCGAAAUGGAAAAUGGUACCGAAGAAGCUCGGGUCUACAGACCGAAUUCCAACGACCUUUCGAGUACAUUGGGACAGAUAGCGAGGUACGUCGCAAACACCGGGCAAAUAUUGAACAUCGGCGACGUGGCUACGUGGCUGAAGAGAGAGGUGGUCGAGGCCGGAGGUGAACCGAUCCGCAGCAUCCUCUGCAUGCCGAUAGUGAACGGCCAGAGAUCGGUCAUCGGCGUCGCCCAGCUCAUCAACAAGGACAACGGGAGCUCCUUCACAGAUUCCGACGUAUCGAUAUUCGAGGCCUUCGCCAUAUUCUGCGGCUUGGGUAUUCACAACACGCAGAUGUACGAGUCGGCGUGUAAACUGAUGGCGAAACAAAAAGUGGCCCUGGAGUGUUUGAGCUAUCAUGCGACCGCGAACAACGACGACACGAUUAAACUGAAAUCGGACCCGAUCCCAUCCGCGGAAAAGUACAACUUGUACAGUUUCACGUUCAUAGAUUUCGAUCUGAGUGACGAGGACACUUGUCGGGCGACCGUCAGAAUGUUCAAAUCGUGUAAUUUGAUCCAACAAUUCCACAUACCGUACGACGUGUUGUGCCGUUGGAUCUUGAGUGUUAAGAAAAAUUACCGACCUGUGAAAUACCACAACUGGAGGCAUGCUCUGAACGUCGCGCAGACGAUGUUCGCCAUGCUGAAAACCGGAAAAAUGGAACGUUUCAUGACCGACAUAGAAAUACUGGGAUUGUUGGUGGCCUGUCUUUGCCACGACCUCGACCACAGGGGUACGAACAACGCUUUCCAAACUAAAACCGAAUCGCCGCUCGCGAUUCUGUACUCCACCAGCACCAUGGAACACCAUCAUUUCGACCAAUGCGUAAUGAUACUGAAUUCCGACAGCAACAACAUCUUUCAAAGUCUGUCGAUGGAAGACUACAGAACGGUGAUGAGGAUAGUGGAGAACGCGAUUCUCUCCACCGACCUCGCGAUGUACUUCAAGAAAAAGAAUCGCUUCCUGGAACUGAUCGAGGAAGGCGAGUUCGACUGGCAGAGCGAAGAGAAAAAGGAACUACUCUGCGGGAUGAUGAUGACGGCUUGCGACGUGAGUGCGAUAGCAAAACCGUGGGAGGUGCAGCACCGCGUUGCGAAAUUGGUGGCGGACGAGUUUUUCGACCAAGGUGACCUUGAGAAGCUUCAAUUGAAAGAGCAACCGGUAGCGAUGAUGGAUCGCGAGAGGCGGGACGAACUGCCGCAGAUGCAAGUUGGCUUUAUCGACGUGAUCUGUUUGCCGCUUUACAAAGUGCUGUCGGAGACGUUCCCAUGGAUACAACCACUUUACGAGGGGACCAUGGAAAAUCGAAGACACUGGCAAGAUCUGGCCGAAAAGGUUGAAAUGGGUUUGACUUGGAUAGAUCGUGACACGAUAGAGGAACCGGUGGAAGAAUUCGUUUCGUCCGAACCGAAAGACAUAGAGUUCACGGUGACCACGUUGAACUGUACGCACGCGGAGAAAAAGGAAGUCAUCGACGGCGUUCAAGAGUCGCAAACCGCCAAAUCGUCGUUAGGGAAAUUCGCAUCGCUCAGAAAGGGCGGGAGGACACUUAGCAAAGGCGUCAGACACAGACUUAGCAGAUCGUUAUACGCGAGAAGCAGUUCCGAGGAUACCGGCAAAGCGAAAGCCUUGAUCCCCGAAAGGAAAAAUCGCAACAAAUUGUGCUUGCUCAUAUGACGCCUCACCUCCACCACUCUCGAGAGUAUUCCGGAGUGAAAUGACUACGAGUAAAGCCGAACCGAAAUCACACCGAGGACCCUGAGUUAUUUCGAAAGGAAGUAGAAAAAAGGUUUUUAAGAGAGAAUGGCGAGAAAGAGACAUUCGAAAACGCGCCUGUAUAAAUACCGUUGUGAUAUAUCAAUUAAACCAGAGGUUUCACAUCUCUCAUGAUAAUAACUCUUAUAUAUUUUACUACGAUACGAGCUGCAGGUGGUGAUCGUUCAGCGCGACAAUGGUGUUAAAUAAUGAUAUAUUUUUAAGGAUAGCAAUCUACCAAUAUCAUUGAAUCUCUCGAAAAUCAAUUCCAAUCCUAUUGUAGUGCCAAGUAAUUUCGAACUACGCGAUAUAACACGAAUAAGUGGAUACAUAUUGUAUAGUAUAGGUAGGUAUACAUGUAUAAGACGUGCACAUUCAGUGGAUCGCGUUGCGAUCGAUGGAAAUUGACAUCGAGUGGGCUGUUAGCCGAAGAAAGAGUUGAAAUUAAAAAAAAUAAAUAAUAACAAUUUAUGAACCGACGUGCCAACGGUAUAAGUAUAGGUAUUUGUAUAGCUGUAUGUAUAUGAUAGAAAUAAAUUUGGUAUCGUUUUAUAAUUUCGAAAUUUCAAGAGCGCAGUUGCAGUAUUGGUAUAAAAUAACACCUAUCUCGAUCUUCCUAUCAUACGAAUAUUUCUCUAGUUGAUCUAUGAAAAAAUAAAUAAAUAAAAAAAAUUCAAUAGCAAUACAUAGUAAAAUUAAAUUAUUAAUUCAGUUACUAUAUGGGUAUGUAUAUUCCCCAAGAGGAUAUUUCAAGACUGACAAUUUUCCAAACUGCGAACGGAUUGUACUAUAAUAUUCAUCGACGCAAUAUUCUGUGUUUCGAUUGCGUUGCGAAAAACUGUUUAUUUAUUUUUGAUAUUUUGUUUUCACCAAUAAUUCGCAAUUGUCAAGAAAUUCAAACGAGGGAUCAUGAAAAUCCAGAACGAUGGUUUACGAUGACAUUCAAAUUGCUUGAAGAAAGUCAAUUAUAAAUUCAAAAUACAGCAACUGAAUCGUUUAAUUAAAUAUCAAAAUAACAUAUUUGAGAAAAGCGAUUUUUAUUCAGAAUUAGUGCUAUAGUAAACGACGUAAUACUCGUGAUCGCAACCGCAAGUUUCAAACUAUCCGAAAGAAUCAUAGAUAUAUUGAACAAUACAUCUAUGAAAGAGCGAAUGAACGUUACGAGGCGUACACAUAAUAUACGUCGCAUUGAAUCACCAUACAAUGAUAAUAAUACGGCGACUCGUGAUGAAAAAUUGUACUCGUAAUAGAAGGUGCCAAAGUGCAGAAAAAUAAAUUAUGUACAGGACCGUUUUGGAUUAGGUUGAAACAGUUUAAACGGAAGCAAAAAAUAACCCAAAUAAAUGACAGCAAAUGAGAAAUCAGUUUUCAAUUUUACGAAUAAUAUAUGAUUACUGAUCGAGAUUAAUGACUAGUGAUAGAAACAAAGUUGGAAUUUUAUUACUACAUGAUUAGUAAAAGUUGCUCAGAAUUUCAAAAGAAAUCCGAAAAAACAAUUAACGAUUGAAAAAUAUUUAGAAAUCGCGGUUUGAUAACAAAUACAUAUGUCAUAUGAGAUAGAGUAUAUACCUAUGUAUGUAUACCUACUAUUAACUAUAGGGUAUAAAGUAUAAGUAUACAUACAUAUAUGCUACGUAUGAUACAUUAUAGGUAUGCAAACUAUACAUGACACAUGAUUAUAUGAGAUAUAAGAUGUAAAAUGAUAAAUAAUGUAAAACUAAGUCAGAUUUUGACAAUCUUUUUGUAUAAUUUUGGUGUUUGAGACUAUGCGUUUAGUAAAAGAGGGCUAAGGUAAAAAACUAAGUGUCUACAGGCAUUAGAAUUUAGUUGAAACUUACUGCUAUAGUGUGGGAAGGGGGGAGGGGGGGGGGGGGGGGGAGGGCGUACUCGAGAGCUGACUAGAAA